GGUCGUAGAUCAACGCCGCUACUGAUGAUAUUUGUUCGUAUACAAAUUUUUAAAAUUGUUCUCGUUUCUUUGUAAUUUAUUGGAUUUUAUUUGCCUGUUUGAACCUUUUCUUAAACGAGUGGUACGAAAAUGGAGAACCCUUUAUUCGGUACAGCGCACUUAUUGGAUGAAGUUGAUAAAAAAUUAAUGGUUUUGUUACGAGAUGGUCGCACGCUUAUUGGUUACCUAAGAAGUGUCGAUCAAUUCGCCAACCUAGUUUUGCACCGUACUAUUGAGCGGAUACAUGUCGGAAAUGAGUAUGGAGAUAUUCAGCGAGGAGUCUUUAUCAUACGAGGUGAAAAUGUAGUGCUCCUCGGGGAAAUUGACCGAGAAAAGGAAAAUAAUCUUCCUCUCAAAGAAAUCUCCGUUGAUGACAUCUUAGAUGCCCAGCGUCGCGAACAGGAAGCAAAACAGGAAAAACAUCGACUUAUUUCGAAAGCCUUGAAAGAACGAGGUCUAAAUAUGAAUUCCGAGCUAACACAAGACGAAUUUUAAUAACUUGCGUUUAUUCAAUGUAAUCUAUGGAUAACGCGAACGCGGUUCAGUUUAUCGUUAAGGUAUAUUAUAAUUUUGUUUUCCCAGAACAAUAAAAGUUUGUGUUUAUUCACGA